AUGAUGAUGCAAGCACUCCGGAGUGAUACCAUUUAUCGGAAUAUGUGGGACUGUGCAGGCCGAAUAGCGAGAGAAGAAGGGGUUACGGCAUACUACAAGGGUUGUGCGAGCAACAUUGUACGAGGUGUAGGUUGCGCGAUUGUCCUGGUCCUGUAUGAUGAAAUGAAACGAUUCGUUGCGUCGUAA